UUUGUCGUGAUCUUGAUCUGUCAAUUUUAGUUUUUAUUUUAUUUGAAAAUGGCGGACGAUGCAUCAAGCAGCAGCGGUUGCGCCGGCAAUAUAAUAGAUAACUCAAUAAAUCAAGAUGAGUUGAUCAUGAAACAACAGCGUGAGAUAGAGAAAGAGAUAUCGGAAACGAUACCGCUCGUGGGUGAACUUGAAGCAUUGUCAUCAUUAGAAAAGGAAUAUAACGAGGAUCCAGUGUACCUGUUAAAAGUAAAAGACUUGUCCUCUAAGUAUAAGUAUAUCAGGAGAACCCGGCCGGACGGCAACUGUUUCUUCCGUGCGUUCUCCUACGCGUAUUUAGAACAUCUUCUGACGGAUAAGAGUGAAUUCGAUAAGUUUUAUGAAAUAGCCAAGAAUUCCAAGGAGAUUCUCGUCGCCUUAGGUUUCUCACAGUUCACAGUGGAAGACUUCUAUGAGACGUUUAUGGAAGUGGUCCAGCGAGUGGGUGAGCAGGCAGGAGGCUCCCCAGAAUCCCUGGACUCGGUGAGAGCCGAGCUCCACGACAAGUUCAACAAGCAAGGCUACUCGGACUACAUAGUGGUGUACCUGCGCCUCGUCACCUCGGGACAGCUGCAGACCGAGAAUGAUUUCUACCAGAACUUCAUUGAGGGACCUCGCACUGUUACCGAGUUCUGUAGACAGGAAGUGGAACCAAUGUACAAGGAGUCUGACCACAUCCACAUAAUAGCGUUGAGCAAUGCCCUGAACGUGGGCGUCAGAGUCAAAUACAUGGACCGUGGCGAGGGCAGUCAGGUCAGUAAGGUGAUAGCACACGACUUCCCCGAGGGCUCCAAGCCGCUGGUGCACCUGCUGUACCGGCCCGGACACUACGACAUACUGUACGCGUGAUCACGCCUCUCAUAACCUCUUACGAUAAUAAAGUUAAUUAUCUUACGUA